GUAAAAGUAAGAGCAGAACAGAGCAGAACAGGACAACAAAGGUGCAGAGUGCAGAUACUGCUUGAAUGAGGUCCACAUCCUCACCACUGAGAUGAGCAAGUGUGCCUGGCCUGGUGCUUUAUCUAAGGUGGUGAAAUCCGGCCUCGGCGCAUGUAUAACGGAGCUGCGCCCGAUGAUUACUGCGGCGCUAUCACGGAUUACCCGGCAGCCAGGCAGAGUCGUCGACUCGGCUUAAACAACACAUAUAGCAGCAUCCGUGUGCCUUAUGCAGCAGUGGCUACGGCAAGUACAAAGCAGCAGUGGAAUUCGUUUGUUCCCCGCACGCAUACCAUGCAUUAACACAGGGCCGUCCAGGCCAAAAGGACUGCGGCACAAGCUUAAACUCGACAGCCGGGGAGCGCAGGGUGCAGCGACGACGCCCUCGGGGAAGCCAUUAAGGAGCAAACCCCUGGACGGCGUUGCACUUCAUUGGAUCAACACAACCAACACCGCAAUGAGCGACGCUGCAGUAUCACAAGAUGCUGCUCGGCCUGAUAGCGGCGAGAGCUCCUUGCCAGGCGCGCAGCAAGAGGUCAUCCGGCGCGCGGCCGACCCGUCAGUCGUCUCCAGCGUCUCCUCUACCUUGUCCAAGCCUAUCAAGACAAAAUCCGACUUUUUCGUCGUCUGCGCAGCUCUCGACGACAUAGUCAGCCAUCUUCCCCUAGCUACCCUGGGGCUUUACAGACCGGCCCUGGAGACGUUGGCUUCAGCCGACAGCGCACCCAGCCCCGAGGGAGUGUCGGUGCCCUCUUUGGCAGCCCGAGCAAGAGAUGCAAUCAGAUUCAUCGACAAUCCGGACUUGGUGUGGGCGCCGCAGCACAAGCUCGACUAUAUGGCAUUUCGAAGCCUCUCGGAAAGGGUGCACACGGCAGAGCAAAUGGAGCCGUAUGUUGACGAGCUGCUCGGCUGGCUUGCCGACCCCAAUUGGCCGCCUUACUUGGGCUGCCAAAAGCAGCUUGCUCGCUUCCCUGAGCUGACAAUUGGUCCCAUCCAGGAGACUAUACUCAAAGAGGGGAAUGAUCCAGAGUGGCUGUUGCAUAUCCUCGAGUUUAUAGAGGAAUAUGUGCCCGUGGGCACGUUGUGGAAAAGAAUAGAGCCCCAACUGAUACAGUUAGCUAAUAGCGAGAUCGAAGACGAAGAGGGCAUCGAGUUGCCAGAAGCUGCUCAGCGCAUGCUGAGGUUGCUGAAAGAGACCGGUGAAGCGGAUGCAGGUUGACCAGCUUCGAGAUGAAUAGUCCUCUCAAAGGAAUCAAGCAUAAGAGAGUAAGGUAUACUGUGAAACUAUAUAGUAUAUAAAUUUAGAGCAAAAUCAAGAUCAACUUCUUCUUCUAGCAAAAUCAAGAUCAG